AUGUUGACGCUGUUCGACAGUAAGUCUUCGUGUAGACUGCCAGCUCCAUCCCAGCUGAAAGAGGAGGCGUUAGAAGACAAGAAAGAAGCAGUAACUGAAGCUGUGAGCCAGAGACAAGGCACCAACGAUACAGAGGAGAGUCCACCCAGCUACAGAGAUGCUGCACAGGUCUCCUACCCACAGAGUGUUGUGGUUCAACAGGACUCCUGCUUUGGGUUUCCCAACCCAGGCCAGAUCUGUUACAUGAACUCCAGCCUCCAGAGUCUGUUGACACUCACAGAGUUCAUCAUGGAUGUCAGCUCCCAGGAGGAGCAGUCUACAAAAAGAAAGAUGUCCUCCUCAGAUUCAUCACCAUUCUUUGGGAACUACGACAAAGACACAGCCCCAGAAAACUACACCUUUUUGGAAAUCCUGGGACGAGGCGGCUUUGGGACAGUGAUGAAAUGUGUAAAUCGGGAAACUCACCAGACUGUGGCCAUAAAGGUUUCCACUAAUAAGCAGACUGCGAAGUGGGAGGCUUCCAUCAUGAAAACCCUCAUGGAAAACAACCUAGACGAAUGCAACAUUGUGAAGUUUGAGGAUUCAAUCCUCGAAAAAUUCACAACGUCCCUGAUCUUUGAGUUGUUGGACAUCAGCCUGCUUGACUACUUGAUAGAUUUAGGACAACCGAUGCAACUGGAGGACAUCCGCACCAUGAUUCAACAGUUGGCCACAGCUUUUGAUGCCCUAAAGACCCUUGGCAUAACGCAUACUGAUGUGAAGCCAGACAACAUCAUGCUGGUGGAUCGUAUCAGGCAGCCCUUGAGGGUCAAACUUAUUGAUUUUGGCUUGUCUAUGUACCCAUGGCAGGCCAAGCAGGGAAUGCGUUUACAGACACCUUCAUAUAGAGCACCAGAAAUCAUUCUUGGGCUGCCAUUUACAGAGGCCAUUGACAUCUGGUCUUUGGGUUGUGUCAUGGCAAUCAUGGUGUUUGGUGUCACACUCUUUCCAGGGAGGAUGGAAUACGACGUAAUAAAAUUCAUCACCGAUCUCCUGGGUCCAGCACCACAACACCUACUCAACGCUGGGAAGAAGUUAUUAAUGUAUUUUAAAAGAGAAGAUUGUGGUCAAUGGCAGCUCAAGACACCUGAGGAGUAUUGGAUGGAAUGGGGUGGUACUUUCGAUUUUGUGGACAACAGGUUUUAUAAGUUCCGCUCCCUGGACGAAAUGAAAGCGGUGCGCCGGGAGACGGACAAUGCGACAGAGGCAGAUGAAAGGAAGCAGUGCAUAGAGCUGCUGAAGGCAAUGCUCCAGUGGGAUGAGAAGGACAGGAUCACCCCUAGUGGCAUCCUCAACCAUCCUUUCAUCACCAAGAGCUACCUCAACAGCAGCCCCCACCUUAGUCCAUGCAAUGAGUCUGAGGCUACCACCAGCCAGGACCAGACGGUGUCCAAGGAGAUUAAGACAAUGACAAACGAUGAAGAGACCACAAGUGAGACACUGCCACCGGGUGUUAUCCUGGUUCGACCUGCAGACCCCGAGAACAGGAUCUCACUGGGAGACACGCUUCAGGAGGACACUGACCUCAGGUAA